UAUCUGUGAGAUUUACAGAUAAGACCUAGCGAAGUGCUGGCGGGGCAGAACGCAUCCCGACUCAGGCCUGCCACACGCGGCAAAACGCCCCCCAGGGCCAGUCUCAGCCCCUCCACAGAAGUAACCACUGGACUUCCCAGCCAUGGGAGAGGUGACCACAGAGGAGGUGAAGAAGUUCCUGGACUCGAACAUCGGCUUUGCCAAACAGUAUUACAACCUCCGCUACCGGGCUAAGGUCAUUUCAGACCUGCUGGGGGCCAAGGAGGCCGCCGUGGACUUUAGCAACUACCACUCGCUGAGCAGCGUGGAGGAGAGCGAAAUCAUCUUUGACCUCUUGCGGGACUUUCGGGAGAACUUGCAGGCCGAGAAAUGCAUCUUCAAUGUCACGAAGAAGCUGUGCUUCCUCCUGCAGGCAGACCGCAUGAGCCUGUUCAUGUACAGGGCCCGAAAUGGCAGUGCAGAGCUAGCCACCCGGCUCUUCAAUGUCCACAAAGAUGCCGUCCUUGAGGAGUGUCUGGUGAUGCCCGACUCGGAGAUCGUAUUCCCCCUGGACAUGGGCGUGGUGGGACACGUCGCACACUCUAAAAAGCUCGUCAAUGUCCCCAACACAGAAGAGAAUGAACAUUUCUGUGACUUCGUGGACACCCUCACCGAGUACCACACCAAGAACAUCUUGGCUUCCCCCAUAAUGAAUGGCAAGGAUGUGGUAGCUGUAAUCAUGGCUGUGAAUAAAGUGGAUGGGCCUCACUUCACCAAGAGAGAUGAAGAGAUUCUUCUCAAGUAUCUCAGUUUUGCAAAUCUGAUCAUGAAGGUAUUCCACCUGAGUUACCUGCACAACUGUGAGACUCGGCGUGGCCAGAUACUGCUGUGGUCUGGGAGCAAAGUCUUUGAAGAGCUCACGGACAUCGAGAGACAGUUCCACAAAGCCCUGUACACAGUCCGAGCCUUCCUCAACUGCGACAGAUACUCUGUGGGGCUCUUAGACAUGACCAAGCAGAAGGAGUUUUUUGAUGUGUGGCCAGUCCUGAUGGGUGAGGUUCCGCCCUAUACUGGUCCCAGGACUCCAGAUGGAAGGGAAAUCAACUUUUACAAGGUCAUCGACUACAUCCUGCAUGGCAAGGAAGACAUCAAAGUGAUCCCGAAUCCGCCUCCUGACCACUGGGCUCUAGUCAGUGGUCUCCCCACUUAUGUUGCCCAAAACGGCCUGAUUUGCAACAUCAUGAAUGCACCCGCAGAGGACUUUUUCGAAUUCCAGAAAGAGCCUCUGGACGAAUCUGGAUGGAUGAUUAAAAAUGUCCUUUCUAUGCCCAUUGUGAACAAGAAGGAAGAAAUUGUUGGGGUGGCCACGUUUUACAAUCGCAAAGACGGGAAACCCUUUGAUGAAAUGGAUGAGACCCUCAUGGAGUCUUUGACUCAGUUCCUAGGCUGGUCCGUCUUAAAUCCUGACACCUAUGAGUCAAUGAACAAACUUGAAAACAGGAAGGAUAUUUUCCAGGACAUGGUAAAAUAUCAUGUGAAGUGUGACAAUGAAGAAAUCCAGAAAAUUCUGAAAACCAGAGAGGUGUAUGGGAAGGAGCCGUGGGAGUGCGAGGAAGAGGAGCUGGCUGAGAUCCUGCAAGAAGAGCUUCCAGAUGCAGAGAAAUAUGAAAUUAACAAAUUCCACUUCAGCGACUUGCCCCUGACAGAACUGGAGCUGGUGAAAUGUGGGAUACAGAUGUAUUAUGAGCUCAAAGUGGUGGAUAAAUUUCACAUUCCCCAGGAGGCGCUGGUGCGGUUCAUGUAUUCCCUGAGCAAGGGCUACCGCAGGAUCACCUACCACAACUGGCGGCACGGCUUCAACGUGGGACAGACCAUGUUCUCCUUGCUGGUGACUGGAAAGCUGAAACGAUACUUCACGGACCUGGAGGCCUUGGCCAUGGUCACUGCUGCCUUCUGCCAUGACAUCGACCACAGAGGCACCAACAACCUGUACCAGAUGAAAUCCCAGAACCCACUGGCCAAGCUCCACGGGUCCUCCAUCUUGGAAAGGCACCACUUGGAGUUUGGCAAAACAUUGCUGCGAGACGAGGGCUUGAAUAUCUUUCAAAACCUCAAUCGCAGGCAACAUGAACAUGCUAUCCAUAUGAUGGACAUUGCCAUCAUUGCCACAGACCUCGCCCUGUACUUCAAGAAGAGAACAAUGUUCCAGAAGAUCGUGGACCAAUCUAAGACAUAUGACUCGCAGCAGGACUGGACGCAGUACAUGAUGCUGGAACAGACACGGAAGGAAAUCGUUAUGGCUAUGAUGAUGACCGCCUGCGAUCUCUCAGCCAUCACUAAGCCCUGGGAGGUGCAGAGCAAGGUAGCUCUGCUGGUUGCUGCUGAAUUCUGGGAACAGGGUGACCUGGAGCGCACGGUGCUACAGCAGAAUCCCAUUCCCAUGAUGGACAGAAACAAGGCGGAUGAACUCCCCAAGCUGCAGGUCGGCUUCAUUGACUUCGUCUGCACUUUUGUCUACAAGAGGCUCUGCCUCUUCCAGGAAUUCUCCCGUUUCCACGAGGAGAUCACUCCCAUGCUCGACGGGAUCACCAACAACCGCAAGGAGUGGAAAGCACUUGCUGACGAGUAUGAUGCCAAGGUGAAGGCUCUGGAAGAGGAGAAGCAGAAGCAGCAGGCAGCCAAGCAAGCAGGAAAUCAGCCUGGCGGGACCCCGGGACUCGGAGGGGGCGCCCCGGCGUCCAAGUCAUGCUGUAUCCAGUAGGCCCACAGGGAUCUGCUGACCAGAAUGGCCCUGCCCAUCCUAGGAAGAGACCACCCAAGCCGGCGGCAAACAGGACACCUCCUUGAGAAGUAAUAGAGUCAUAGGAUUUGAAAGCUGAGUGAGACUUUAGCUUACUUCUUAUCCAGGGGCUUUCAAACAAUGUUCCAGCCUUGAGGAUUUUUUCUUGAGCUAAAACCAACAUUCUAGCUUUUGUAGACAUCAAUUAAAUAUAUAAUUAAUGCCAGA